UUCGUUCACUGUGUUUGAGCAGUUCAUCGGAACGAAUCGCUCCGGAGUUACUCAAGCCUAAUGUCAAAAUUACCGGAUAAACGAAAUGUCAUUUAGGCGCAUUGAUAAAAUAAAUAUUUAUUUUUACAAUUUAAACGUAGUAUUUUCUACGUAAUUAAUAAUAAGUUUCUAAAUUUCUACGUACAAAAUGGAAACCAAAGUAGCAAUAGUAACUGGAGGCAACAGGGGGAUAGGAUUCGAAAUAGUGAAAGGGCUGUGCCAAAAGUUUGAUGGUGUUGUGUAUCUUACGGCAAGAAAUGAAGAGAGAGGUCAACAAGCCGUAAAGAAAUUAGAAGAAUUAGGCCUAAAACCGUUGUUUCACAUACUGGAUGUUACAUGCGAGAAAAGCAUCGAAGAUUUGGCUAAACAUAUUUCUACACAUCACUCUGGCAUUGAUGUUUUGGUAAACAACGCUGGCAUUCUAGACUUCGACAAAGCUAUUUCUUCAUAUGAAGACGCGAAGAAACUUAUCGAUACCAACUUUACGAGUUUAUUGACUAUAUCAAGAAUACUCUACCCUCUUCUUACAAAUACCGCCCGAAUAAUAAAUAUUAGCAGUGACUGGGGCUUACUGUCCAAUAUUCGCAAACAAGUAUGGCUAGACAGGCUGGUAAAAGAUGAUCUUACUGUUGAACAAAUUUUGGAGUUUGUCAAUGAGUUUUUAAAUGCAGCCAAAAUGGGAAAAAGUGCAUUUUUUUCCAUAGCGGGCAAAUAUGGAGAUUAUAAAGUGUCAAAAGUGGCUAUGUCUGCAUUAACUUUUGUUCAGCAAAGACAAUUCCGUGAAGAAGGUAAAGACAUUUCUAUAAACUGUGUCCACCCUGGAUUUGUGAUGACUGAUAUGACCAAAGGCAUGGGUGACUUUACCCCAGAACGAGGUGCAAAGGCUCCAUUGUACUUGGCACUGGAAGCACCUCAGUCACUAAAAGGAUCAUUUAUAUGGCAUGAUUGUCAUCAUGUUAACUGGGAUGACUAAGGAUGUAAUAGCUUUUUAAAUUGUUAGUGUUACAACCAUGUUACUCCUGUGAUAUCAGUGUCACAUGCACUUUAAACUAAAAUACAUAAUUUCUUUUAAUAAGCAUGUUUUCUUUUGUUACUUAGUAUUUAUGAUAUAUAUCUAUCUAUAUUUUCCUAAAUGGAGGUUGUGAAUCAUUUAAAUAACAGCUUAAAUUUUGUUCAAUGAAAUUCUUAAAACCAUUUGAUUUUUAUAAGACACAUCAUAAUUUGUGAAAUGAUGGUGUUGUAAACUUAUUUGUUAGUGAAAAAUAUAAAAAAUUAAAUCAA